GGACGUUUUCUGGGAAAGAACAUGGGAUUUGGGAAAACCCUCUGCAGUUUAUAAAAAGCACAAUGGAUCCCACUAGUUCUUCACUUUUCACUUUCACUUCACGGCCUCUUGACUCCUCACCCUCCGCAUCUUCUCACCUCUCGCUAAUUACAUUCACCAUGGCCUUCGCACCAAAAGCCUGCAGUCUUUUCCUGGUGGUUGUGCUGGGAGUUUGUAUACAGCUCAACGGAGCUCAACACGUUCCAGGUGCCAGAUGCAAAUGCCCAGGAACCAUUAUGCACACUCAGGAAAUCAUUGGUGACUUUGAAAUCAUCGAAAAGACCCACUACUGUGACACUACUGAAAUCAUUAUUACACUGGCAGAAGAUGGAGCCAGAAGGUGCCUGAACCCUGUUGGAAGAAAGGCCAUGUUUUUCGUCAACUGCUGGAACAGAAUAAACAAGGACAACACGCAAAAGAAGAGGUGUCUUAAGAGAAAAGCAGAGUGAAUGUAACGGAGGAGGGAAGAAGGGGCAUGGAAAACCCAACAGCUGGAUUUUCCCUGAAGUCAUGUGACCAAUCACACACAAGAAGAAUGUUGGGGGCUGACACUGCACUUUAGAGAGAGAGAGAGAGAGAGAGAGAAAGAAAGGAAGGAAGAAUGAGAGAGAGAGAGAGAGAGAGAGAGAGAGAGAGAGAGAGAGAGAGAGAGAGAGAGAGAGAGAGAGAGAGAAAGAAAGGAAGGAAGAAGAGAGAGAGAGAGAG